AUGAUGCCAGAAACAACUCGCAACACCGAUGACCAUUUCGACGUCCGUCGGCGGAAAAGGAAGCAAGUCUCUCGAGCUUGCGAUUGGUGCCGUGCCCGCAAGAUUCGAUGUGACAAUGCGCAGCCAUGCGAGGCAUGUCGCCACAGAGAUGCACCAUGCACGAACCGAGGAGCGGACGGCGAACCCCGCACGCUCCCUCAGGCGCUCCGGGAAACCGAAAAGCUGAAGCUCCGGAUCAGAGAACUGGAAGCUUUGCUCGAUUCUAGACCGCCCAUCACACCGGCGGCUUCAUCCAACCUUUCAACCCUCAGCCGCGCGCGAGUCCCGUCCGAUCCAGACCCAACGCAGUUUCCGACGAGUCCUGCCUCAAAGCCGCAGUGGAAGGGCAUCUAUGUCGAUACGGCGCGCUCUGGCCGGCCGUCGUACUACGGUGCGGCGUCCUCUUUCUAUUUUUUGAGCCGCAUCGGAUCGUUUCUCGGCAACGCGCUUCAGCAGCCACAUGCCACACAGUCCAUACAACUGCGCGGGCCGAACAAACGGGCGUAUCGCGAUGCUCCGAGGGAGGCUGCUGGCAAUGCCGUGGCCGAUCUAGACGGCAUGCCAACCAGGGGCCAGGGGCUUUUCAUGUCCCGAUUGCAAGAAGAAGCCGUGCUGCGGCUGUUUUGGGAAGGAUACCAUUGCCUCGUCCCUAUUGUCGAUGAAACACAAUUCCGCUCCCACUACGCGUCGCUGUGGGAGUCACGCUCCACACAGCGGGCGCAAUCCGCCCUCGUCGACAUCAUUCUUGCAAUCAAUCUGCAGUUUGGCUACGCAUACAUGCCGCCUGCCAUACUUGGAUUGGCCGAGGCUGGACGAGACGCGCUGCCAGACGAUGCCACCAGCGCUGGCCGGGCCUACUACCGUCGUGCACAGAGCCUUCUCUUUGAUGAGCUCGAGAGCCCAUCAAUCGCAACGGUACAGUGCUGUAUCUUUGCCACGUACUACCUGUGUUGUGCAUCGUUUCAGAACACCGCCCACGUUGUCCUCGCCCAGGCCGUCCGGACAGCACAGAUCCUCGGGCUGCACACCGAACCGUCGGCAGACUUUCCGUAUGCCGAGCAAGAGCUACGCAAGCGGGUCUGGUGGACAGUUUGGAUGACUGACACAAAAAUAUCAUCCAAACUGGGUCGCCCGUGUCUCAUUGACCGCGCGCUGGUGACCGUCAGUUUGUACUCUGAUGGUAGGGACGCCGCCACAGCCAACGACGCUACGCUGGGCUUCCAUGACAACGUCACGUGGUUGACUUAUGCACUGCAGAACUUGCGUUUAUUCCAGACGCUGCUUGAUGUGUUCGAUCCGCUCUGGGAAAAGUUUGGUCGCGUCAUACACCGCAAGGACCUGUCGUGCAUAUACACAGACCCGGAUACAGUGGAAGACUGCGCCGUAACCCUGGCUCGGAUGCUCCCCGCAAUGAAGACGUGGGCGGACAACGUGCCUUUGGGCUUGAAAAUGCGGCGACGCGGCGGGGGCGAACCGUAUUCCACGAGCUGCCUGGCCGUGGAAAUCGAUACUCUGGUUCCGACCUGGCUGCAAAGGCAGCGCGUCUGUCUUGAGUUGACAUACCACCAUGCUGUGUUCAACCUCACUCGGCCUUUUAUCACAUUCUACACACACCCCGGAACAUACACUCCUGUUGCAGAGCGCCUUGCCACCACCAGUGUCGACCAUGCUGUUUCAUUUACCUUGAUCAUGCAUCAGUUCGUCACAGAGGCAGAUGUCAUGAGCUGUUGGUCAGAGUAUUUUUCCAUGCAGUGGAACGCAGCCAUAACACUGGUGGGCUUCGUCCUAGCCUAUCCCAUUCACCAAGCCACUCAAAAAGCUCGCCGUGCAGUGGACAAGGCCUUGGUUGUGCUUGAUACGUUUGGCGCCCACUUUGCCAUCAGUAACGACGCCGCCGCAAUUAUGAGGGACCUGGUCACCAAAGCCGAUUUGCUGGCUGGACACAGCGGCAGUGCCGUCUCACCUGCCCUGAACACCACUCCUCUGCUGCCCGGUGCAGCCCAGGACAUUCGUCCAGCAGAAAGCGGUAUCAACUCAGCCGGCAAUGACCUUUCGUGGCUCGAUCCAUCCCAACAGGAUGGCUUUUCUCAGUUUAUGGACUGGGCCCUGUCGGUUGACGCAUACAACAGCUUCGAGAGGUUUUUCACGCCAGGUAUAAGUUCUUUCCCGUGA